AUGAUUUCUGUUUUCUUUGCUAGUUUUCAAGAUUCGUUUGUCAGUUCCGACAAUACUCAGCUGCUCGUGAGGCGCUGCCAUGUUUCUUUUCGGGCGAAGGCCGCAAGAGACUUGCGUGACGAAAGGCUUGACGUAAACAAUUCUUCUCUUUUCUUCUCUCGGGCUGCUGUCUACUCAUCUCUCUCUCUCUCUCUCUCUCUCUAUCUAUCUAUCUAUCUAUCUUCCUUUUCAUCUAUAUAUAUCUAUCUAUCUGUUCAUAUUUAUUCAUAUCCGUUUGUUCAUAUCUCUCUCUCUCUCUAUCUAUCUAUCUAUCUAUCUCAUUCUGUUUAUUAUCUAUCUAUCGAUCUGUUUUUUCAUCUAUCUCUAUCUGUUCAUAUUUAUUUAUAUCCGUCUGUUCAUCUCCCCCCUCUACCCCUCUCUCUCGAUCUAUCUAUCGCAUUCUGUUCAUUAUCUAUCUAUCUAUCUAUCUAUCUAUCUAUCUAUCUAUCUCAUACUCGCUCGGAUAUAAUUCUCUUUUUCUUUGUUUUUAUUGCUUUUGCUCUCACUAAUUUUCCUUUCUUCCUCUCCGACUUUUAUAUCUCUCUCUGUCUCUCUGUCUCUGUCUCUGUCUCUAAUCUUUCUUUCAUUCUUUUUUUCUUUCUCAAUUAUAUUCCUCAUGCUGCUCAUUAUUUCUUUCUUUUGUCUUUCUUUCACUCUUUCUUUCGAGAAUUUUUCUUUCUUUCAUAA